CUCAUACCGAUCCUUAUCAAAAGUUCACAUUGGAACACAGAUAUGAUUCACAUUUAUAGAAACACUGUCACGAGUCAGUCAAAAGAUUUUGCAAAACAUGAAGGCCUUGGUAUGGUUUUUGGCCUUAUGGAUGUAUUGUGUUGUUGAAUGUCAUCACAAUGUCAGAACAGACAGAUGGAAUGAAAUCUCACAUGUUCUUCGUGAUUUAAAUUACAACAAAACCGACCCGCAUGAUUUGAUCAAAUCUGUAUUAUACCAGAUGCGUGGUAUUGAGCGAUAUAGAGUAACAUGGAAUCGAUGUGUCAUUAAACCAAAAGCCAAACAUUUGAACGAAUAUAUUGAGUCGGACCAAUUCUUACAAAGUUUCAUCUCCAAUGUAACAUGUGGACACGGUGUUUCAGAGAACAACUUCGAAUAUCUCACUACCCUGUCUUUAUCAAUGGCUGUUCAUCUAGAGAGAUUUGUAUGCCCGCAUAAGAGUAUAAAGGAAUUUCACCAAGUCUAUCAUAUCUUAUACGGAAAUCCUGGAUCAUCAAAUAUAAGCCAAUUACUUGGAACUGUUCGACGUUUUUAUAGACCUGGAAUGUCUCCAAAACAAUCACAUAUGACGUACAAGAAUAGACUACAGUGCUUGCAUCCUGCAAUAAUUGAGGAACAUAUACACAGACUAAUUAACAGUCAUCAAAACAACAGGGAAAUGAUAAUAGAAGACAAACACGACGAUAUCAAGAUUAUACUCAAUGGUAAAAUCGUCUCCUUAGAGCCAUACAUGUUUAACUCAAUACCACAGAACGAUGAGUCAGACCCAACAAUAAAACCAGAACACCAAUCACAUGAGAGAAUAACCAUCAAACCAUCACAUCAACAUAAAUGUCCUCGAGUUAUUGUACCGAGAACAUCGCAAAGACCAGAUCCUCAACAGUUUAUGAGAAUGCAACGGAUCCUUCAUUCAGUUUCUUCGAAUAUCGUUUCUGCAAUUUUAAGAGGUGUCAACAUAUACGACGAUAAGACAUAUUGUCUAGUUGAUCAUCUUGAGUACAUCAUGCGUCAUUAUGGACACCAUCAUAAUAGUUACAUGGAUGAGACAGAAAAUGUCUGCACUAAGACAGGAAUAUGA